ACCUGAAUGCUCGAGUGGUAACACUGGCGUCACUGGCAAAACAACUUUCCAAGUCGCAUGUGUUACAUAUUUCUUCUUCAGUUUCUUCAUUUUAAUAACUGAUUAACUUAUUACAGAUUACAGAAAUUGCUAUUCGAGCUAUUAAUUACAUCUUGGUUUCAAGAGUACAGUAUGGUGUCUACAGAAUUUCGGAAGUCGUACGUUUAAUUCGGAUACAUCUUUAUUUAUUGUUUGACUCGGUACAUUGGUGUAUUCAUCGAUACCUGUCGCUAAAAUCAAAUUUCUGUAUUUGGUCGUUCGUCAUCGACACAUUGAUCAAACGUCAUCGCGUAUCCCAUCUGUUUCAUUAGAAUUCAGGACGACGUGUUUUGUGAUCAAGAUUAGUAUUGGUGGGAAAGUGCGCAUUUGUAACGAUUAUCAUCGGAUGUGGUUUGAAAUUUAUUAAAUGAUGGAUUUUUUGUUCCCGUUCACGAUCCCCUGAUUCGGAUUUAUCGACGAGUUGAAAGUAUCGUAUAUUUGGCGAAAAAUAGAUUGACCGGAUAACCGUCAUCACACUGGCGGACGAGCCCGAUACUUCGGUUAAAUCCAACGUCAGCCCGAUGGCUGCCAUUGGUGAAAAUGAAAAGAACAAAUCAAUCGACGAAGCUACGCCGAAACCUGUAAAUAUUUCAAAAUCAGACAAUGACGACGCUUCUGCCAAGGGUACGCCAGCAGACACAAAGAAAAAUGACGUCAACGAAGCCGAAUCCAAUUCGUCUUCGGUUUCAAAGGCCAGUACUACUCCGAGUAUUUCUACGCCGAAAUCCAACGCAGCUAAUAUCGAAAACAUCGUUAUCGAAACGACCACUGAACCAGAUCAAAAACUCGUUACUCCUAAGAAGAGCACUCCAGCCGUCUCAAAUACUCCCGAACCGGCCGUCGAGUCUCUAUCUGACACUCGAGUAGAGCAACAACUCGCCGAAAUGAUGGAAAUAGAUCCAGCAUCCAGCGAUAAAGAUUCCGAUAGUAAUAAAGACAACGAGACGAAAUCCAACGCUAGUAACGGUUCCAUUGGCGAUUUGAAUGAUCUUAAUGACGAUUCGUUAGCCGACGAAAUGGACGUAUCCGACGUAUCGUCGUCGAUCGCCGAAAAUGAAAACGAUUCCAAGAUACGUUCUCUUAAGAAGAAACCUAAAAAGAGGCAACCUCCUAUUAUGAUCGGAUACAAGAAACGCCGCAAAGUACAUAAUACUAGUAAAAAGCUCGACGACGAAAUUAAAACAGAAUCGGAAAUAGAUAGUACGAUAAACGACUCUGUCGAUGAUAAAUCUACCGAUGAGUCUAAAAUAAAAGACCAGUCAUCCGCUUCGUCCGAUGAUAACGUAUCCGAAACGUCGUCCGUUAGGAGUACACGAUCGGUGAGAAAACUUUCAGCAACAUGUAACGAGGUUUCGAUGAUUGAUAAUUUCUGUUGGAUUUGUCAUAAGGAUGGCUCGAAUUCGCUUAAAUGUAUCGCUUGCCCUCGUGUGUAUCAUUCGAGAUGCCUUACGCAGCAAGUCGCCGAUAUUGGUAAUUUCCAUUGCCCGGAAUGUUCGGCCAUACUGAAAGCUGAUAAUGUUAAUACGAGAUCUCCAGUUAUGCAAGCUGUUAAUUUAGAUCAAUUAUGCGUCUUACUCAAACACGUAUUGGAAAUACUAAAAAACCAAAAAGAUGCGCAUUAUUUUUACGGACCAGUGGAUACGAAAGAAUUUCCUCACUACAGAGAAUACGUCGUGUACCCGAUGGAUUUGUCCAUCUUGGGUGAAAACGUCACAAAUAAAGUUUACGGAUGUACGGAAGCGUUUUUGGCCGAUAUGAAGUGGAUCGUGCAUAAUUCCAUUGUUUUUAAUACGAAAGUUUCGAAAAUUACCAACGUGGCGAAAAACUUGCUAAAAGUGUGCAAACGCGAAGUAUACGAGAUCGAAACGUGCGCCGAAUGUUAUUACAAUUUAUUAGUUCGUAAAGAUACCUGGUUCAUCGAAGCAUGUAAAAGACCUCAUUUGCUGAUUUGGGCCCGACUGAAAGGAUAUCCACCAUGGCCCGCGAAGGCGUUGAAAUGUAAAGACGAAAAUGUCGAUUGUCGAUUUUUCGGAGCCCAUGACAAAGCUUGGGUACCUUUGAAGGAUUGCUACCUUUACUCGAAAGUAUCUCCUAUGAUCUCGAAAAUAAAACCAGGAGGCAAUUUAGAUGAAGGAAUUCAGGAAAUCGAGAAACAUAUAAAAAAGCUGAAAGAGAAAUACGGCACGUUCGUUUACCCAGAAUACAAGGUACCUUAUAAUCCAAACGAGGAAUUAGAACAGCUGCAACAAAUGUUACCGUAUUACAAUCCGAACAAACCGAUUUCCGGUUCAAAACCAGCUGCGACGCACGUCGAUCAACGCAGCAAAACCGCCAUCAAACCGAAAACGCUGUUUAACGAAUCCACUUCGUCGACGACGUCUUCCGCAAGUGGUAAAUCGACACCUCCUGCGAGCGGUAAAUCGACUCCUACUCUUAGAGGUAAAUCGACUCCUACUCCUAGAGGUAAAUCGCCGCUAUCCGAAAGCAAAUUGAUCACGGCCAAGGUAGAACCUUGCAGCGACGUUGUGAUUCCAAGAAAGACCGCGAGUCUGGCAAACGAUUCGGCUAGCGAAGCAUCGAAGUCAACUGAUGACGAAUCGAGCAUCUCUGUAUCGCUCGACGACCCCGUUUCAGCUGGCGAAGAAUCGAAAAGCACGAACGAAGAUGAUUCGGGCGCGACAUCCGUCGGAAACGACGAUCAAACUGCUAAGAAAACGCAGCCAGAUUCGGGCGACAGUGACUGUAGCACUAGAACUCGCGAUAAUGUCGAUACAGAGGCUGAAGAAAGCGACUCGUCGAGAUCGACGACCAAAAGUACCUCUGCUAGCGAGACAGCGUCGCAGAAAAGCGACUCGGCUAAACGACAGCUGGUCUCGGUUAAGAAACUCGAGACGAUUAAUGCGAUGGUGCCGGCAGAAAAGAGCGUCAGGACACCGGUACCGAUUGCUCCUAAACCUGUGCCUGGUUUGGUGGCUACUUCGUUAGCUACCGUGAAGGCUAUCGCGAAUUUGGGUAUUACCAGUAGCACCGGUCAACUGACUCGUAAAAUAACCGAUACCAAGAUGGAGAUGAUUCGCAGUAUGAAAUCGAUAGAUUCUAGACCGAAGAAUGUGAUAUCGGUGAAGAACAUAGCUACGUUGCAAGCUCCUCCAUUAGCUCCUAUUUCGUCGUCGAAAAAAGAUACAGCCAAAGUGACCGUACAAGCUGCGAACGAUCACGACUUUAGUUUGGAUAACGUGAAAGACGAACCGGUCGAUAUCGAUCCAUCGCCUCAUAACGAAGAACCAGUUUUCAUCAAACAAAUAGUUCCACCGCCUCCUCCUCCUCCUCCUCAAGCACCGACUAGAGUAACCGUAAAUAAACCUAUUUUACCGAAGAGUACGCCCGAGGUGACUCAUCGUAAAAGAUCUCUAAUCGAAGAAGCCGACGCAGCUGUGACCGAAACGACUAAAAAAUCUAAAAACGAUACCAACUGUCGCACUGUGAACAUAACCGAAAAUGUCACCAUAUCUUUGAUCAAUAACCAAACAAAUAACGUAGUCGAAAACGCAUCGACGGCGGUUUCGGUUUCAACUAAACCGCAGAUCGUCCAGAAACCGAAACAGGCUCCUAAGCCGUUCGUCGUCACUACCAGCGCCACCUCGAGUGAUUCGACAACGCAAACGGUUACUCACGCUAUUCCUAUUCCGAAACCGGUGAGAAUCGCUCCGGCUCCGACUCAUCCGGCGCAUCCGGUGCAUCCGGCGCCUACUCCGAUCAGAAUGUUCACGACGACAGCUCAACAGCAAAGAAUAGUUAACGGAAAUGCCGCCGUUAAUGGUACAGCGAUGCCUCCUAGAUCUAAUAUACUGGUCGUUCAGUCGCCCAAAGUAACUCCGAAGGCUCCGAUUUUCGGCCAAAAUGGUACUGGCGAUAUUAUGGCUCAGUUUAUGUCUGAAUUAAUUAACAACAGUCGUAGAGCUAUGGAAGACGCUUUGGAUAAAGUUUCCGGUAAAGGAGAUCUCAGAGCUAAGGUUAUACUGCUACAAAAAGAAAUAGAAAGUAUGAAGAAAAGCCACGAUAUGAUAGUCGACGAAAUUAAACGAGAUUAUGAAGUACAAAUUGCUGAAUUAAGAGCGGCCAGUUUAGCUCAGAAGAAAUACGAUUUAGCACACGAGAGAUUGAAAUUCGAGAAAGAAAAAGAACAAGCUGUCAAAGAGGCCAAAUCUAAACAGUGGUGUUCAAAUUGUCAGAAAAGCGCUAAUUAUUAUUGUUGCUGGAAUACGGCGUACUGUGAUUUUGAAUGCCAGAAAGAACAUUGGAAUCAACACAUGCACGUCUGUAAAAACGACGUUAACGUUAAACGAAAAGCAGCCGAAUGCAGUGAGAAUGAGCCUCCGAGAAUAAUGAUGCAAAAUGAGGCGAUAAACGAAUAUAAGAGUAUGAUGAACGGAUACGAUAAGAUGACUACGCCGACGUACGCGUACCAGAAUUCCAGCAGUGUGACUUCGACGUCUAGAAGUAACGGCGUGACGAAAGUACAACAUAAGAGCAACGCUUCGAAAUCUGCUCCUAGGCCUUUAUUACCUCGAGUAACAGCUACAGUGACUUGUUCGCCGUCAGUAUUUCCAUCGUCGACACCAGCUGUCACGGCAACAUUGAUAGAUAACUCGUAUCAAAACAUCAGCUCGUCAGGGACACCCUUAAGAAGCACGAUGAUCGGAUCAGUUAAUGUGCAUCCUUUCGUUCGACAAGCUCAACAGCAAUUCCAUAAGUAAUAAAUGUUUUGAUUCGAGAAGACGACUCGACUCGUAUUUUGAUAUUAUCCAUUUUUUUCCCCCGUGAUUUUUACGUAACAUAAACGGAUAGAUAACGUUGAUGCUAAUUUAUUCUUCUUAUUUUUCUCCUUUCUUUUUUUGUAAGCAGUAUUUAUUUUGUUGUUUUGUUCUUUUUUUUCUUCCUUUCUUUCUUUUUGUUAAUUUAGUAAUGAUAAAAAACGGAAAGUUUAAUUUAUUAUGGUAUUAUUGUACCUGAUGCUGUAUUUUUUUCCUCGAUUUUAUUUUUAUUAUAUUCGAUUAUUACGCUUGAUUACUUACCGAGUAUUUAUGUAAAAAGAAGGCGAAGGCGAACUUGAGACUAUCUCGAGAGUAAAAUUUAUAUACUUUUGAGAUUGCUACAGUAACGCCGCUUCUUUGUUUUUUUUUGUGGUCAAAAUAAUGUUUGAUACAACAGUAGUGUUGUUGAAUCGUUUUGUUUUGAAAACGAUGACUGCUGCGUUAUGUUUUUCCUACUGCUUAAUUAUUUAAUCAUUGUUCUAUACUGUAACGUCGUCGCCGUUCAAUUUUUUUUUUCAUUGUUUAUGUUUGACAUUUUUCUCCUUUUAAAGCCGUUGUUUGUAAUAUUCGAACGAGAGUACGUGUUGAAAAUUUGCACGCGGAAUCGUUCCGAAUAAUUUUUGCAUUUUUUCCUGUACGACGUGUUAUUUUUUUCUGUCGAUUGUUGUGAUAGCAUUUAUAUUUUCACGUUAUGUUUUAAGAUAAAGUUGAAGUAUUUUCCUCCUUUUUUUAGUAAUGUUUUUUAUACUUAAAAUUAAGCGUCCGUUGUAUGAACAUGUGUAGAAGAAAAUAUUGAUUGCGUUUUUUUUUUUUUUUUUUGAUAAAAAUUUUGUAAAAAAAUAAUAAAUUUUGAAAUUGUCGAAUUA